AGUGUCAUGCUGUCAUCUCGCGUAAAUAAACCAGAUGAAAGUGUGUCAAUUUUUGCGUUUUUACUGCGGAAAGUAGUAAUUAAAGUGUUUGUGGUAACGGAGAACACAGAAUCAAGGUUUAGCGAUUACUUGAAAGAAUUCUAAAGAAAGAUGGGGGAACGCAAAGGACAAAAUCAUUACUAUCCGCCGGAUUACGACCCAAAAGUCGGCGGUUUGAACAAAUUUCUCGGGACUCAUGCUUUACGCGAAAGAGCUCGUAAACUCCACGAGGGCAUCUUGAUCAUUCGAUUUGAGAUGCCCUAUAAUAUUUGGUGCGAUGGCUGCGGAAAUCACAUAGGAAUGGGUGUUCGUUACAAUGCAGAAAAAACAAAAGUUGGCAUGUACUACUCAACACCUUUGUAUCAGUUUAAAAUGAAGUGCCACCUCUGCAACAAUCAUUUCGAAAUUAAAACUGAUCCAGCGAAUUUGGAUUAUGUGAUAGUCAGUGGGGCGCGUCGUCAAGAAAAUCGGUGGGAUCCGACAGAAAAUGAGCAAAUAGUCCCUGAAACGAAGGAAGUUUCACGGAAACUUUUUGACGAUGCGAUGUAUAAAUUGGAACAUGGAGUUGAGGACAAAAAUGUAUCAAAGUCACGCGAGAAGACACUGAGUAAAGUUAUUGCUUUGAAUGAGAGCAUUUGGAAGGAUGAUUAUAGUUCGAAUAGUGCACUCCGAGCAAAGUUUAGAGCAGAAAAGAAAGAACUACAGAGCAAAAAAGCGCUAGACAACAGUUUGCUGAAUAAAAUGGGGAUAAAUAUUAACUUGGUAGCGGAGCACGAUGAUGACGUAAAAUUAGCGCAUUUGUUAAUGCAAAAUAAAACAGUGCCAACGAAUAGGAAAGGUUUGCAUCUGAAGAGAUUAGUUCGCCUCGCAAAGUCGAAAAUGAAACCAAAAACAGCACUAGAGAAGCCAAAUCUGGAAUUAAAUAAAGGAAAGGAAAUUGUACAAAUAUUGCCCACAGCCUCGACUUCAGGGGGAAGUAGCAAUAGUGUUUUAUCUUUAGUCGGUUAUGAUAGUACUAGUUCAGAGAGCGAUACUUAGUACAAAAUUUUCCUUUUUAAGACUAAAAAAUCUAUUUAUUUGUAUAUAGAAAUCCUUUUUAUAUUCUCUGUGUUAAUUCACAAUUUGAUAUAAAUAUCCUAUCAAAAGUUA